AUGAUCCAGGCAGUAACGGAAGUUGUGUUUAUUUUGUACAGGACUGUGGGAAGCCCUGUUGCGGACCCCCGCCGGGACCGUCCAAUAACUCCUAAACUCGACAACUUCACGCUCACUCCCGCACUCCUCACUACUAUUACACUACUACACCAUCCCACGCAGCUUUACGACCACCUUUACGACCUCUUGAUUGAUCGUGCUCCUUUACGGCCGAACGAACUGUACUCACUGCAGCGCCUACCUUCAACGGCUAACGCCAACAGUCCAGGUUAUGGCACAUAA